UCAAACCCGUAAGUAAUGCCAAGUUUACACAAAACAUUUUUUAAUGAAGCAUAAUACAGAAUUUGCACUCCUACAAUAUUUUACGUAGAAUUUCCAUGUGCAUCAAACAAGAUGCAAUGAUAGCUAACUUGCCAACGAAAAUGUGUUCGGUGCUAAAGUAAAUUGCAACUAAGAGAUAAACGGAAAAGGAUGUACAUACAUACAUAAGUAUAGCAAAAUGUACUUUCAAAUCUGAGCUAUACAAUCAAAGAUUUUCGCCACUUGCCACCCAACUAACAACAGUAUGUAAAUUUUUGAAGAUUCUCUUUUUUUGCACCUACGGGCAUAACUACGAGACACAUUUACAGAAUGACUCGUUUCUCGGCCAAUCGCGCUCAUGCGGAAGAACGCGCUGACAAAUUUACUGUUCCAUGCCGGGUAUGCGGCGGAGCUCAUGUCAUUUGACUAUGCCCCCUUUACCACGGCAAAGCGGUCGAAGCAAGGUUUCGUGCAGUCCUGCUGCAUAAAUACUGCCCAAACUGCCUCUCGCCGUUCCACCGCCUCGACAUGUGCAGCAGCAAGGAUCGAUGCCACCGAUGUCGCGAAAAGCAUCACACCUCGCUCCAUCUCGAUGACUGCGAAGACCAAAGACAACCAGCGAACGCGAUCAACGACGGCGAGAGCUCGGACGGGGCACUCUCUAUCGACGUUCCGGAGCAGACGAAGUCGUGGGCGCAGCAGGUCGAAGUGGAGGAAGUGGAGGGAUUAGAGAGGUUCGACUCUUUCCCACAUGAGCGAGAAGAGCGCACCUCGGGAACUGACACCCCCAGACGAUUAGACCAGUUACCACCACGCGAGGGCGACGCGGAAACUCGUCCUUUCCGCUCGCCAACCCGCGCACAAUACAACUGGCGCGACGCGGAAACUCGUUCUUUCCGCUCGCAAACGCGUCCACAACAUAACUGGCGACAACACGGCGGCGCGGAAACAAGUCCUUUCCGCCCGUCAUCACGAUCACAGCGUAAGCAGCAACGACGCGACGGCGCGGAAACUCGUCCUUUCCGCUCGUCUAAGCGAUCGCCCAGACUACGAAAAUCAACACCAUACCGCAAAAACCGCUCCGACGAGAACAAAAAUGGUAAUCGUGCCCUACAACACGUUCCACCUACCGGCUUCCGAACAGGCCGCCUAACGCAAAGCGCAAUACCAACGCCAAUUAUUCGUGCGCUUAUACCCAUCGCGCCGACCGCAAUAGUGAGGAUUGAAGCAAGGGGCCGCCUUCAUUUGGUCCGCGCAAUGAUUGACCCUUGCGCACCGAACUCGUUGGUUGAUUCGGAACUAGUGAGAGAUCUCCAGCUGGAACGCAAUGGGUCCGGACGACUUCAGCGUUGCACGAUCGCCACGCGUAGAAGAUACGGCAACUCCGACCGGAUUACGACGCAAGCGGUCGUGCUGGACCACCACAUACGUAUGAGUCCACCUUCGAACGUGGACCCUAAGGUCGCGGCGCCUUUCCAGUUCAUGCGCUUGGCGGAUCCGCAGUUCUUUCGCGCGUCACCAAUACGCCUCACACUGGGCCUCGAUUUGCAUGCGCAGAUGAUGGUGAGCGGGACCCCCCAUCCACCGUGGGUGGUCUCCUGGUCCAGGCGACCAUAUACGGUCUGGUUGUUUCGGGAGCCUGCCAACCAUAAAAGUAGAGAUUAAGAAAACAAAACCACACAUGCACACACACUCAUCACACACACAGACCUUAAAAUUUAAAUAAAAAAGUGCAUUGAAAUUCCAAACCACGUCUGUUUCAAUUAACAAUGUCCUUUUCUCCACAGCCUCAGAUGAGCCGGUCGCGACGAAAGCGUUGGCGAAUAAGCAGACCCGCGCAGUACAAAAUCGGCUCUGCAUAUUAUAGUUAGUCCUUGAGGUUUUCCUCACGUGCGUGUGACGGUUGAGACGCGACUCCUUUUUUUUCUCAGCUUGCUUACCGCAAGGGGGCCUGUUAAAUCAAUAGACGGGCGAGGUCAAUUAAGCAAGUAUAUGUAAAUGUUUUAUUUGCAAUAUUAAACGAACGAAGA